AUGGCAAGUAGGGCAAACGUAUUGGCAGUACCUGCCACGGCGGCUGACGUGCUUUCUAUCGAUGACUUUCAGCGUUAUCUCUUAGCCACAUGCAUGCCAUUCUUUGGUGAGGGCUUGGCACUCUCAGUCGACGCUUUUAAAGCGGGCCUUAGUAGUGCGGAAACGACCAUCACUCUUGAACAAUUCGUGACCGACUCGACUACUCGUGUAUUGCAGGUUCAUUGUUUUCCUGCACGAACUGAUGAGGACGCGUCGAUGGACGACUCGAUGUAUCGCGUGCACGUGAACCAUGGCAUUGAGUACGCACCCGGCAAAGAGAGUGGCCACGACGCAGUGUGCUUUAUCAAACGUUUUAGUGCGCCUUUGGCUAAAGAUCAAACUCUCAACCACCAGUUGCAGGUUAUGACAUUGGGUCUUGGCUCCAAGAUGAACUUGGACACGACCAUUAGCAGCAGUGGAGAAAAUACAGAGGAAGAGGACGAAGAUAGGGGCAAUGUGCUCUCAGUCGUGUACAACUAUGUGCAUCAGUCACUCACUCCAUUGGUGAAUGAAUACUCCAAAGUGCAUCAGCCACAGGGAGACAUGAUCAACUUGAGCGAAGGCACGAGAGGACUGCCAGCUAUUCGACGCAGAAUGAAGGAACUAGAGCUGGCAUUGCUCCAGUAUCAGCAGAAUAUUGAAAUCCCCGAGGUGAACUUGGUCUUCCAUCCAGUCAUUCAACAAGCUGCCGAUCUGGUUCGCGAGAAAGGUGCACUGAUCGAUGUGGAAGCACUAGGUCUCGAGGAGAAAGUGGACGAUAUCGUCUUUGUAAACGCUAUUCAGGGAGGAGUCAGCAAGUGGAUCAAGGAGAUACAGAAAGUUACGCGUCUGAUUCAUGAACCGCUUCCUGGAACGGUAAUGCAGGAGAUUAACUUUUGGUGCGAUUUAAAUCGUGCUCUGCUUGUUGUUCAAAAGCAACUCGAAUCUCCAGAGGUUGAAAUUACGCUUGCGGUAUUGCAGCGUGCUAAGCGAUAUUUGGCCACCGUUACGUUUAGUGCUGAUCAUGGUCUUGGCCCGGCCAUUCAGCACGUAUCCAGUGUAAUGACAUUGAUGAAAGAGUUUCCGAUGAACUCUAUUUUGUCAGCCACGGACAUCAACCAACUCAACCAAGGAAUAACGCUUGUCUUCACUCACCUGAAGAAAAUACGUGUGGCUGACUCGUAUAACCUGUCACGGCUACUGCGUUUAGUAGAAGUAAUGUCAAGUGACUUAACUCAGCAGACUCUCAGUUUGCUUUGCGUGUACAGCCUCAUUCAACUCCCGUUCAGCCAGUUUGAGCAGCUAAUUUUGUCUUGCAAGGAGCUUUUUUUGAAUUGGCACCGCCAGGUUGCUACACUGUACGACCUUACAAAAGAGCUGUUUAAACGACGAGGUGGAUCAAUCAACACUGAAAAGCUGCCAUUACUCUCCGAGCUGCAGAUGGAGCACGCUGCAAUUGAAGAGCGAUUGCUAGAACUACACGAGUUUCGAGAGCAGCACGAAAAACUGCGUGAUGUGAUUCAGAGGGUGCUAGGUGGCUCGAAUGCUGUUGGACUUGACGAGUCACGCGGAGUUGAUGGCACGAACGACGCACUUACUGAGAUUGUUUCUGCUUACUCCCAAUUAAAUUCGCUCAAUCCUCUUGAUGUUUCUGGUGAAGGUAUGACUGAGUGGAAGAACUUGCGCAAAACGUACGAUCUGUGCAUCGAUCGCGUUGAAGGUCGUAUUAUCAGCAGCCUUACUAGCCGGUUGAGUGCUACGUCAAAUGCUGAUGAGAUGUUCCGCGUGUUUUCCAAGUACAACGCGCUAUUCUUCCGUCCUCGUAUUCGAAGUGCAGUUCAGCAAUUCCAAAUGCAGCUGAUUGAAAAUGUUAAGGAGGAUGUGAGCAGCCUCCAGGCUAAGUUCCGUGCUCACUAUGCCUACUCCGAGGCGUCUCGGACCAGUAAACUGCGUGAUAUUCCUCCUAUUGCUGGUGCUGUGAUGUGGGCGAAACAAAUUGAACGAAAGCUAAAAAUGUUACUAUCACGGGUAGAAAGUGUUCUUGGUGUCGGUUGGGAACAACACGUGGAAGGCAAGGCGCUUAAAGCAGCAGCUGAAGCAUUUAUUGCAAAACUCAAUCCUCAGCUUAUCUUCGAUCAGUGGGUGAAUGAUUUGGCGUCAAUGCCGAUUUUUGACAUUAAAAAUAUUAUUUUAAACAUUGUCACGGAGGACACGCCACAAGGUGAAACGAAGAAGUUGGUAGUAGCAUUCAACCAACAAAUUGUGACGUUGUUCAAGGAAGUGCGUAACCUGGAGUGGUUGGGCUACCGAGUGCCUUUCACGCUUAAAAUGAUUGCUGAAGAUGCAAAGUCAAAAUACCCGUUUGCAAUGUCCCUGGACGCUAGCCUCAAGACAUAUGUAAGCUCGUGCCGACGUAUCCAGCCAAUUUUUGAAACUUUGACUGCUGCGUACGUUCGUGACGUCCGUACUACGAUUGGAAAGACGUUUUCGAAGGGCAACGAAAUGCGAUGGCACGCAGAUGGACUGGGUGAAUAUGUCACCGAACUUGCAACCAAAGUAGAGCUCUUGCAUGACAAGGUUGAUGAUUUGCUGCAGAAGACCAGUGACAUUGACACUCUGCUCGAAAGUAUACGUACUAGUUCCGACUUUGAGACUAGAGCUGUUCAAGCAGUUUUAGUGAAAGUGCAAGCGCAUGUUGACGAGCUGAGCUUGGCCGGAUAUGCGAAUUUGCAUGUGUUUGUGAAGAACUUGAACGGUUUGAUCAGUGAAAUUCUCGGCAAGACGCUUGAGGUGCUGCUACAGCGUUGGGUUGAUUGUUUUGGUCCUCACCCUGAUGCGAAAUCGUUUCAAGCUGCUCUUGCUGAGGCCAGGCUUACCGUAUCGACUCAUCAAAUUUUACUAAAAAACCAAGUGCUGUAUUUGGAGCCUUCAGUUGGUGAUGCGCGACGAGAUUGGUUGGCCCAGCUUCAACACCUGCUGAAUUCUGUGUGCGACCUGCCAAAAAUUCAAACAUCAACUUAUGAAAAUGUGUAUGGAAAGUCAACUGUGCCAGCCAUGUUGUCACUACCCCGCAAGAGUGCCCGCUCUAGACGAAGAGAGGGUGUAUUUAAGGAAGCGCUCAACCAAGUACCUCUGGAUCUCUUGAUUAAAGCGUACAGUGUGCUGGAUGUUACUCUGAGUGAUGUAGAAAAGUAUGCGUCAACAUGGCUCCAGUACCAAGCAUUAUGGGAUAUGGACGCUCAGAGUGCCCUGAACAGUGUUGGAGAAGACCUCCGGAAAUGGCAGCAUAUUUUGGUUGCGAUAAAGAACGAACGUAAUGGAUUUGAUGCCGUUUUUAACACGAAGCGGUUCGGUCCCGUGGUCAUUAACUACCAACAAGUGCAGGCUCAAGUGAAUGUGAAAUAUGACGCUUGGCACAACGAGUUCCUUGCGUACUUUGGUGAUCUUCUUCGUGACCAGAUCAACGCAUUCUAUUCAACGAUUUCAUCAAAGCGGACGCUUCUGGAACAGCAUGCACUCGAAGCAGCCACCGCACAAGUUGUUGCUGCAAUCACGCUAAUCCAAGAAAUGCGUCAGAUGCGAUUGUGCUGGGAAGAAACGAUGGAGUCAUUUGAACAGGGGGAGCGCUUGCUGAAAAAACAACGCUAUAGGUUUUCAGCCGAUUGGCCGUCGUUGGCAAAUGUGGAAGGAGAGUGGGAAGCUUUUGUUCAGCUUCUCGAACGCAAGACUGCUGCGAUGGAAAGUCAGCUCCCUCAAUUGCAGGCAAAGAUCAUGGAAGAGAAGAGCGCAUUGGACAGUAAGAUUACCCAGGCUGUGAUCGAGUGGGACAACACAAAGCCGUUGCAAGGCGGCCAAUCAGCCAAGGCGGCCACCGAAUUGCUAAUCGUAUAUGAUACUCGUUUUAAGCUGCUGCGGGCUGAACAAGAGAAAACGAAUGCUGCGCUGGACGCUCUGAACAUUUCCCAUGUGUCAGGAAUGAGGGACUCUUCAGUUAUCGACGACCGCAGCUCGUACGGUGGACUUUCAAGAGCCAUGGAGGAACUGUCUGGAUUGGAUGAGGUCUGGAAAAGUAUAUCGAAGGUCUGGGCUCGUGUUGAUGAGCUACAAGAUACGCUGUGGUCUGCAGUCCACCCCCGCAAAGUCCGGAAGCAGCUCGAUGAAAUUGUCGAUGAAAUGCGCCGCUUUCCUUCUCGGGUGCAACAGUACGAAGCCUUUGAGCAUCACGCAGCAAUUAUCCAGUCUCGCAAGUCUAUGAAUUCUUUGCUGUCGGAACUGAAAUCGGAUGCUGUUCGCGACCGCCACUGGAAGCAGAUACUGCAACUGCUGAAUAUAUCAUCUUCGUUCACGGAGUUGACCUUGCGCAGUUUUUGGGAAUCUAAGCUAUCUGCCAACGAUAACGAGCUAAAGACGAUCAUUCGUACGGCUCAAGGUGAAAUGGCGCUUGAUGAGUUUUUACGCCAGGUGUCGGACUACUGGACGAAUUAUCAGUUGGACUUGGUCAAUUACCAAAAUCGAUGCCGAGUAAUUCGUGGUUGGGACGAGAUGUUUGCGAAGCUUGAUGAGCACCUCAAUAGUCUAAGCAGCAUGAAGCAAUCGCCAUACUAUCGCGUAUUUACGGAGCUGGCUACCAGCUGGGAAGACAAACUAACUAGGAUUCGUAGUAUUCUGGACUUUUGGAUUGAUGUCCAAAGACGCUGGGUGUACCUUGAAGGCAUCUUUUUCGGGUCGGCGGACAUUAAACAGCAAUUGCCGAAGGAGUUCGCACGAUUCCAAAGUAUUGACAACGAGUUCACUUCGACUAUGAAGCGUGUCGCACACAAGCCAAUGAUUGUUGAUGUUGCUAACAUUCCGAACUUGUAUCAUUCGCUUGAGCGUCAGCAAGACAUGAUGGGUAACGUCCAACGUGCCCUCGGUGAAUAUUUGGAGCGCCAACGAGCUGCUUUCCCUCGCUUCUACUUUGUGGGUGAUGAAGACUUGCUUGAGAUGAUAGGUAACAGUAAGGAGCCAAUGCAGAUUCAGCGUCAUCUGUCGAAGAUGUUUGCUGGGAUAUCUUCGUUAGAAAUGGAUAGCAGCGUUGGCGUUAUUGUUGGAAUGGCUUCACGUGAAGGUGAGAUUGUGCGGUUUAAGGAACCUGUGAAGACAGCGCAAGAUACCCGCAUCAACGUUUGGCUAGGCAAAGUAGAGGAACAAAUGCGUAAAACACUGUCACUUCUAUUGGAGGAAGCCGUGCGCUCCUAUCCGACAGACGAAAGUGCCGAUUUGUAUCUGAAAUGGGUGUCAGAGUUCCCAGCUCAGGUGAUCAUUCUUGCUACCCAGGUGCAGUGGUCAAAUGAUGUCGAAAGCGUCUUGAAAGCCAGUGGUGAUGACUUGGCGGUGGUUUUGGAGCAGUUGGAUAAGCUGCUACUCAUUUUGAGCGAGCGUGUUCUCACGGAUGUGAAGAACGAUGUUCGGAAAAAGUAUGAACAGCUAAUUACUGAAUUGGUGCAUCAGAAAAGUGUAACUAAACGCCUAAGCCAAGCCAACGUAAGCAGCGCAGAUGAUUUUCGCUGGCUGUAUCACAUGCGUCAUUACUUUCAAGCAAAGGAAUUGGACCCGCUCAAAAAGCUUACCAUCCAGAUAUCCAAUGCAAGCUUUUCUUAUGGAUUUGAGUACUUUGGUGUUGGAGAGCGGCUUGUGCAAACUCCUCUUACAGAACGUUGUUACCUCACACUGACUCAGGCGUUAGACUUUGGAAUGGGUGGAAAUCCAUUUGGUCCUGCUGGCACGGGCAAAACAGAGUCAGUUAAAGCUUUGGGAUCGCAUCUAGGUCGUUUUGUGCUGGUCUUCAACUGCGAUGAGCACUUCGAUUUCCAAGCCAUGGGGCGAAUUUUUGUGGGCCUGUGCCAAGUCGGUGCUUGGGGUUGCUUUGAUGAGUUUAACCGCCUCGAGGAGCGUGUACUCUCUGCUGUGUCUCAGCAAAUUUUGGCAAUUCAAAGUGGAGUGUCAUCUUUGAAGCUCACAAAGGUGUCUGGCAACUCGCAGGCAGUAACAAAUGCCAGCAGUUCUAACGCUACCAUCGAGCUGCUCGGUAAGAGCGUAAAGCUGAAUCCUGAUGUGGGUAUUUUUGUGACGAUGAAUCCAGGGUAUGCUGGGCGAUCAAAUUUACCCGACAACUUAAAGCAAUUGUUCCGGAGCAUUGCAAUGGUUGCUCCAGACCGCGAGUUGAUCGCGCAGGUGAUGCUAUUUUCCCAGGGUAUUACCACGGCCGAGCAAAUUUCUGCCAAGGUUGUACUUUUGUUCAACCUCUGUGAAGACCAACUUUCGAAGCAACCUCACUACGAUUUCGGACUUCGUGCAUUAAAGAGCGUUCUUGUGAGCGCUGGUCAGCUUAAACGAAAGAUCACCCAAGCACAAGAUAGUUCAGUACCAGCAAGCAUUGAGAAGUUGGAAACGAAGGCACUGAUUGGCUCUAUUACUGACACGAUUUUGCCCAAGUUAGUUUCAAGCGAUGUGCCUGUGUUUGAGACGCUAUUGAAGGGUGUAUUCCCAGGCACUGAUGCCCACCAUAUUGAAGAAAACAAUCUACGCUUAAAUAUCAUAGAACUGGCAACGAAGGCCAAUUAUGUCGUCAGUGAGCAAUGGGUCGAAAAGGUUUUGCAACUGUACCAGGUUAUGCAACUUCGCCACGGUGUGAUGCUUGUUGGCGCGUCUGGAACAGGAAAAUCGAGUGCAUGGCGCGUAUUGAUGGAUGCCAUGGAACUUGUUGACGGCGUAAAGGGUGAAGCCCAUGUAAUUGACCCAAAGGCUCUUUCAAAGGAACAUCUCUAUGGUGUUCUUGAUAACACGACGCUGGAGUGGACGGAUGGUGUCUUUACUUAUUUGCUCCGUCAGAUCCUUAACAGCGUAAGAGGUGAAAGCGAAAAGCGACACUGGAUUAUUUUUGACGGUGAUGUAGACCCGGAAUGGGCUGAGAACUUGAACUCUGUGCUAGACGAUAAUCGACUACUUACGCUCCCGUCUGGAGAACGUUUGGAGAUUCCACCGAAUGUGUGGAUUAUGAUGGAAACAGAGACACUGCGUUACGCAACAUUGGCGACUGUCAGUCGCUGUGGCAUGGUUUGGUUUUCGCAAGAUACGGUCAAGACGUGCCAUAUUGUUGAGCACUAUCUGCUGACGAUGCGCGACAACGUGUCUGUCGUAUCAUCGUUCUCCCUUCAGCCUAGUGAGAGCGAGCUCGCAAAGAAGACUGCUCAUACUUACGUUGCUACUCUCCGUGAUCUGAUUGAUCGUGGGGAUGAUAUGCCCUCAUUGAUCGAGGUUUGUUUGGAGCAGGCGAUGGGCCAAACACACAUCAUGGAAGUCACGGCGCUGCGUUUACUUAUGUCGAUGUUUACGCUGCUUCAAAGGGGAUUGUCUCGCAUCAACGAGUACAACGAAGGUCAUUCUGAUUUUCCGAUGACGGUUGACUUGAUGUCCCGCUUUGUACCAAAGUGGUUUGUAUUCUCAAUUUUGUGGGGUUUCGGUGGUUCGAUGGACUCUGUGAAUCGCAUCGACCUUUGCAAUUUCGUGGUGCAAAUGCUCGAAAACCACUUGGUAUUCCCAAUAUCUGGGCCGUCGACUCAAGACAACACUCUGCUCGAGUAUGAAGUCAAUAUUGAUGACGGUGAAUGGCGUCAGUGGUUACAAUCGAUCCCGCAAUUGGAUCUCGAAAGUCACCAGGUGCUGUCUACUGAUGUUGUAGUAACCACAGUGGAUACGAUUCGUCACGUUGAAGUGCUACGAGGAUGGCUUUCGCAACAUCGACCGCUCAUUCUCUGUGGCCCUCCUGGCAGUGGUAAGACGAUGACUCUGACCUCGACCAUCAGCUCACUUCCCGAGUUUGAAUUUGCAAGCCUCAAUUUCUCGUCUGGAACUUCACCUGAGCUUAUUUUGAAGACAUUCUCUCAGUAUUGUGAGUACAAGCGAACUCCCAAUGGAAUGUUGCUUGUGCCAAAUGCACCAGAGAAAUGGCUAGUCGUAUUUUGUGACGAAAUUAAUCUUCCUGAAACUGAUGCAUACGGAACACAACGCGUGAUCACGUUCUUGCGACAGCUAAUCGAGCAAGGUGGCUUUUGGUUGGGCGGCAAGAACACUUGGGUGCGGCUGGAACGCAUUCAAUUUGUUGGUGCUUGCAACCCACCGACGGACCCAGGGCGCGUUCCGAUCCCACUGCGUCUAUUGCGCCAUGCGCCUGUGCUUUUGGUUGAUUUCCCCUCGUAUCCAUCGCUCAAGCAGAUUUAUGGAACAUUUAACCGUGCUCUGCUGAAGCUUACCCCAUCUCUGCGAUCGUACGUGCAACCUCUAACUGAUGCUAUGGUUGACGUGUACGAUAGCAACCAGAAGAAAUAUACGGCAGAGAUGCAACCACAUUACAUCUACAGCCCCCGAGAAUUGUCGAGAUGGAUGCGGGCACUGUACGAAGCCAUUGAGCCAUUGGAAUAUGAAAUUGACAUUGAAAUGCUAGCCAAGCUUGUAUUUCAUGAGGCGCUACGACUUUUUAUGGAUCGUUUGGUGACAUCUGAAGAGCAAAAGUGGUGUUUCCACAUGAUAAAAGAGACUCUAAGAAAUCAUUUUCCACAGAGUGCUACAGCUUUAGAGGUGGUGGAAUAUGGAGGUCACCACCCGAUUUUAUUCAGCACAUGGCUCUCAAAAAAUUACACGGAAGUCACGACGACUGACCUACGUAAGCAUGUUGAAGCCCGCUUGCGCGUCUUCUACGAAGAAGAACUUAACGUUCAGCUGGUGGUUUUUGAUUCCGUGAUUGACCAUGUGCUCCGCAUUGAUCGUGUUCUUCGUCAACCUCUCGGUCACUUGUUACUAGUUGGGGAAAGUGGCGCAGGCAAGACCGUCCUAUCUCGCUUUGUUAGCUGGAUGAACGGCAUGUCUGUGUUUCAAAUCAAGCUAACGUCAAAUUAUACUCUGGAAAACUUUGACGAUGACCUGCGCGUUGUGCUAAAGCGAUGCGGUUGCAAAGCCGAGAAGAUUUGUUUCAUAUUUGACGAAUCAAAUGUGCUUGAUUCGGCUUUCUUGGAGCGUAUGAAUGCUUUACUGGCUUCUGGCGAAGUACCAGGUCUGUUUGAAGAUGAUGAAUACACGUCACUUAUGCAUGCUUGCCGUGAAGCUGUGCAGCGUGAUGGGGUGAUUGUGGAAAAUACCGAAGACGAGUUGUUCCGUUACUUCACCAAACAAGUGCAACGUAAUCUGCACGUAGUAUUCACAAUGAACCCAGCUUCGGGCGACUUCCAAAACCGUACUAAUACAUCCCCAGCUCUCUUCAACCGAUGCGUAGUUGACUGGUUUGGUACUUGGAACGAUCACGCGCUAGCACAGGUGGCGUAUGAGUUUACAAACACACUAGAUCUUGCUGGGCCUACGGACUACGUCAUUUCUGAUGAUGCUGCAGAAGUUUUGGCGAAACUGAUUCCGCAUAUUGCUACAGGAACAUUCCGUGAUGUACUGAUCGGAAGUAUUGUUCAGUUUCACCACGCUGUCCUGCUUCACAUGCGACGACUUCAAAAGCGUCAUAUGAAGUACAAUCACGUAUCUCCUCGAGACUAUCUCGAAUUCAUUCGCCACUUUGUGUCGCUGUAUUCAGAAAAGCGUGCUCAGGUAGAGGAUCAGCAACUUCACUUGAAUGUCGGUGUGCAAAAACUGCAGGCUACUCGUGAGCAAGUGGCCGAGCUACAAGGUCAGCUCAGCCUUAAAGAGAACGAACUUAAGAAAAAAGAUGUGGAAGCUAACGAAAAGCUUCAGCAGAUGGUGCAGGAGCAAAAUGAGGCACAAGAAAAAAAGAAGGAUACAGAGGCACUAGCUGUUGAUCUUGCGAACAAGGACGAAGAGAUACGCUCGCGGAAAGAGGUUGUCGAGGCUGACCUUGCUCAAGCCGAACCCGCGCUUCUGGAUGCCCAAGCGUCUGUGAACUCGAUUCGUAAGGCGCAGCUAGAUGAAAUUCGAGCACUCGCGCGGCCUCCUGCUGCCGUCCGAAUGACCAUGGAGGCAGUUGCAGUGAUGCUAGGCGAGUCGAGUCUAGAGUGGGCUGAUUUACGUCGCUUCAUUCGAAAAGACGACUUCAUUUCCCAGGUUGUACACUUUGACUCCGAAAAGCUGACGGCUCGUCAGCGACACACAAUUCAAGUCAAUUACAUCAACAAGGUUGACGAGUUCGAUUAUGAAAAGGUUAAUCGCGCAUCGAAGGCGUGCGGCCCUUUGUACAAGUGGAUUGUUUCGCAGAUUAGUUAUACAAAUAUCCUGCAUAAGAUCCAACCGUUACGAGACGAGGUGCAGACUUUGAUCGAUACGUCGUCCGAUCUGCGUGCGAGAUAUGAGCAGGCCAAAACGACCAUCGAUGCGCUUGAGAUUCGAAUCGAGAACCUUAAGCACGAAUAUGCAGCGCUGAUUAACGAGGCGCAACUGAUUACAAACGACAUGGCUUCCGUGUCCAAGAAGGUGGAGCGUUCUGUUGCACUACUAAAAAGUCUGCUGCAAGAAAGUGAGCGAUGGGAGGCUGGUUCUAACGACUUUGAAACCCAGAUGAAGACACUCGUGGGAGACACUUUGUUAUCCUCUGCUUUUCUCACAUAUAUUGGUUUCUUAGAUUUCCAGCAGAGAAAAAUUCUGAUUCAGGAUUGGCGAGACAUUUUAGAAUUGAUGGGUAUCUGCACAAAACCGCAGUUGAGCUUUGUGGAUUAUCUGUCGCAUCCAAACGAGCAGUUGGAGUGGCAAAUAAGUGAUUUGCCAUCCGACGAGUUAUGCUACGAGAAUGCUAUCAUUCUGCAGCGCUUCCACCGCUUCCCGCUAAUUGUUGAUCCGUCUGGGCAAGCGAACAAUUUCAUUAUGAAGUAUUACAGUCUGAAAACGAAUGCAAAAAUUGCACAAACCUCGUUCUUGGACAGCUCGUUUAUGAAGGUGCUGGCCAGUGCGAUUCGCUUUGGCACUGCCCUUUUAGUUCAUGAGGUGGAAAACAUCGACCCAAUUCUGAAUCCUGUGUUGAACCGAGAGCUUUACAAAACGGGUGGUCGUGUUUUGAUUCGUCUUGCAGGAGAAGAGAUUGAUUAUUCACCGGACUUUCGACUCUUCUUGAUUACGCGAGAUCCGUCUUGCCGCUUCUCACCCGACAUUUGCAGUCGUGUGACUUUUGUCAAUUUCACAGUUACCCCGAGCUCCUUGGAAAGUCAGGGACUGAGCAUCCUUCUUAAGAGUGAACAGCCCGAAGCAGAAGAAAAACGCAAUAAUCUUCUAAAAUUGCAAGGAGAAUACCAAGCAAAGCUGCGUGAAUUGGAGGAUUCUCUGUUGCAGCAAAUCAACAAUGUGCAAGGCAACAUUCUAGACGACGAUCGUGUCAUCAAUGCUUUGGAGAGUAUGAAAGCAGAGGCAGCCCAAAUCUCGCAGCAAGUAGCAAAAACGGAAUCUACGAUGGCAAUUGUGGAGGCAGCAACAAGCCGCUACCGCCCACUUGCAAAAGCAAGUUCACGGUUGUUUUUUGCGCUGGAGAACUUGUCAUCGGUCCACUUCUUGUAUCAGUACUCGCUGGAUUUCUUUCUAUCACUGUUGUCCAAGGUAUUGGCUCAGCCGAUUGUAGAAGGAGAAUCGAUGCGCCUUGCUAGUAUUUCUACUGGGCUUUUUCUACAGCUUGCUAGACGUGUGAGCAGAGGUCUUGUUGAAAAUGACAAGCUGAUGUUUGCAAUCCGUUUGUCUCAAAUUUACCUGGAACUCGAGCAGCAAAAUGCAGCAGUCGCUGAAGUUAAGGCGACUACGGAUAAUAAUUCUGUGUUUGAUGGGCCUACUGACGAGGAUAUGGACUUGCUGCUUGGAAACUCGUUAACUUUCUUCAAAGCUGAUAGCAGCACUGCACAUCGCAGCGAGCUUGAACAAUUGCUACCAGCUUUUUCAAAGAAUGACAUUGACCAGUUGUUGAAAAUGAUGAAGCUGCCGACAUUCAAGCAUUUGGGAACGCAUGUGCGUGAGUAUGCCGCUCAGUGGAACGCCUUUAUCAAGACCCCAUCAGCUGAGGAGGCUCUUCCAGCGGAUUGGGACACGCCAUACGCUGCAGCUUCGACAAAUCCCCGUUUGGCUGCGUUUAGAAACAUGAUUGUCAUCCACUUCUUACGGCCUGAUCGGAUUAUGUUUGCAUCGGAGCGAUACAUUGAGCUGGUGUUUACGGCGUCAUUCCCGUGGCGUGGUGAGAUCGAACUUUCUAAGAAUGUUGAAGAAGACACUCAGGCGGCACGUGGUGUGCUUUUAUGUUCAACCACGGGGUUCGACCCAAGUGCGCAGAUUGACGAGCUUGCUGCUGCCCAACAAAAAAAGUACAAUUCCGUGUCUAUGGGUUCAUCCGAGGGCUUUGAUGCGGCUGAAAAGAGUUUAAAUACGGCACUGAAGCACGGCUCCUGGCUGUUGCUUCGCAAUGUGCAUUUAUGCCCGUCAUGGCUUGCAAGUGUGGAAAAAAAGCUCUAUAACGCGCGGGAAAGUGUUCACCCGAACUUUCGCCUAUUCCUGACAAGCGAGAUCAACCCGAACUUGCCGGUGAAUCUCGUCCGCAUGUGCGAUAUUUUUGUAUUUGAGCCGCCGAGUGGCAUGAAGUUGAGUAUGGUGCGAUCGCUCGAUACGGUGGCAGCUGAGCGCAUGAACCGCUCACCGACUGAACGCGCCCGGCUGUACCUUCUGCUUGCUUGGUUUCACGCUCUAGUCCAUGAACGAUUGCGGUUCGUACCAAUAGGCUGGUCCAAAACGUAUGAGUUCAGUCAAUCUGACUUCCGUGGCGCUUGCGAUGUGAUUGACCGCUGGGUAGAUUCGGUGGCCGGCAACCGCGUCCAUGUUGCUCCUGACAACAUUCCGUGGACAGCGAUUCGAAUUACGCUGAAGGAGUCGGUGUACGGCGGUCGCGUAGACAACACGUUUGACCAGGAGCUGAUGGACACGCUUUUGGAGCACGUUUUCACGGCAGCCAGCUACGAAAAUACCUUCGAGCUUGUUGCUCCUGGUGAAGGCAAUGAUGCCGGACUAGUGGUCGCUGAGGGAAAAACUAAGGCGCAGUUCAUGGACUGGAUCCUUGCUCUUCCCACCACAAACCCACCAUCAUGGAUGGGUCUUCCGCGCUCAGCGGAAACAAUGGCGCUUAUCAGCCAAGGUACGCGCAUGCUACGUAAUUUGCAGGUGAUGCAAGACUUUUAUGGAAGUGAAGGCGAAGACGACAGUGCUGGCGCAGGCGAAGAGAACAAGAUGGUCUUGGGUACUGCUGCUGCAGAUGGCGACGAUGCGCGCCCUAAUUGGGUGCAGGAUCUAGACCGUCGUGUGGGAUUGUGGCUAGAGCUAUUCCCUGCCGAGGGACUUUCCGUGCCUACUGUGCGGGAUCCUGCGCACUUCGGCAACCCUGUUUAUCGCUGCAUGUUCCGUGAGCUAGAACUCGGAGCACAAUUUCUGGCCAACGUGGGUGGUUUGCUACGUACCGUACAGCAAGUAUGUGCUUACAAGGCUAAACCUUCAAAUGAAACUCGAACAGCUAUGCGUACUCUUUAUCGAGAGCAGGUGCCCGAGCAAUGGAAACGACUGUACCGCGUCACGAAUGAGCUUAGUUUGAGUGAGUGGCUUACGGACUUUUCUAGACGGUUGCACCAGCUAAAGGAGUUGGCACAGCUUCCUCCAGCGGACAUCUUGCAAAAGUCUGGUGGUAUCUGGUUGGGCGGAUUCUUCUCACCUGAGGCUUUCGUGACGGCCGUUCGUCAAAGUGCAGCAUCAGAUCUUGGAUGCUCGUUGGAUGAAUUACACCUGCUUGCUGAUGUCGAGGACCCUUCGGGCUCAUCAGCUGGUGGUUUUGCUGCUUGUGGACUUUUGCUUGAGGGUGCCACUUGGAACUUCACUGGCUUUGCGCCGUCAAAUGAAAUUCGCAACAGCUUGUCGGCAUUGUACUUCCGUUGGGCUACUUGGACCACAGAAACAGAUGAGCUUCGACUGCUUCCAGUGUAUUCGAACAGCAAGCGUGAAACUCUGGUGUUCUCCGUGGCAGUAAAUGUGAAGGAUUCUGCGUUUUCCAAAAAGCAGUGGGUACAGCGAUCAGUAGCACUUGUGCUCUGGGAGUUGCAGACCUAG